CGACGCCGGAGACAUUUUUCGAUCCAAAGGACAUUUUCAAAUUAUAUAUUUGUCGUUCUAAAACUACAACAAUGGCGAAUACAGAUCUGUUAACACCGCAUUUGCCCAAAAUCAAAAUACCUGCACCGAACCAGUUGAUUUACAAGGAUGAAUGUGUUUAUUCUUUUGACAAUCCGGAGUCGGAAACAGGCCUAUACGUGUCCCUGACGUCGUUCCUCGGCUUCGGACGCAACUACGUGGAGCAGUACUUUCAAAAGACCGGCAACGCUGUCUACCUACACAUACGCAGAGAAAAAAAACCCAUGCCAGAACCAGAAAAAACCGGGGAUGGCCCAGAAAAGAAGAUCACCCGGCUGGCGAUCGGUGUGGAGGGCGGCUUCGACCCCGACUAUGGCAAGCCUAAAUACACUUACGUCGACCAUUACACAAUCGUGUUGCUGCCCGGCUUCCACACUUACAACUGGCCAGAUACGGCCUUGCCGGAACAGAUCAGGAAAUCCGCGCAAGCCGUUAUCGACGCGGAGUCACCGUUCAAAAUAGCUGAAAUGGCCGCUCUGCAUGGCACUUGGGACGGUGAGAAGCGAGAAGUAUCUGUGCACGCAGUGAAUCUAAAGCAGUUGGACAACGGCGUGAAGAUCCCUCCGUCCGGCUGGAAGUGCACCAAGUGCGACCUCACCACCAAUCUAUGGCUGAACCUGACCGAUGGCUCCAUCCUUUGUGGACGGCGGUUCUUCGACGGUUCGGGGGGAAAUGAUCAUGCCGUGGAACAUUUCCGCGAGACUGGCUAUCCGCUGGCAGUGAAGCUGGGCACCAUCACCGCGGACGGCAAGGGCGACGUAUUCUCGUACGCAGAAGACGACAUGGUCGAAGACCCCUUCCUGGCGGACCACCUCAAGCACUUCGGAAUUAAUGUGCAGCAACUACAAAAGACGGACAAGUCAAUGGUGGAGUUAGAACUUGAGCUGAACCAACGCACUGGCGAGUGGAACACCCUGCAAGAAUCUGGUAGCGACCUUCGGCCUCUCUAUGGCCCCGCACUCACCGGACUCAAUAACCUUGGCAACUCUUGCUAUAUCAACAGUGUGGUACAGGUGCUGUUCCGAAUGCCAGAUUUUGUGCGGCGGUUUGUUGAAGGCGCACCCGACAUUUUCUCCACUUUCCCCGAAGACCCCGUCAAUGAUUUCAAUGUACAGACUGCAAAAUUAGGCGUAGGUCUCCUGUCAGGACGCUACUCGUAUUUGGACGAGGAUGGAUCGCAGGCAGGUGUAUCGCCGCACAUGUACCGCAACCUUGUGGGUCGGGACCACCCCGAGUUCAUGACCAAGCGACAGCAGGACGCUCAUGAGUUCUAUCUACACAUUCUUCUUUUGCUUGAGCGCCACAGCCGUCACAAACCGAACCCAGCUGACUGCCUGAAGUUCGCCGUUGAAGAACGCGUGCAAUGCACCGUGUCCAACUGUGUACGCUACACGGCGCGCGCGGAGCACCACAUGCCCCUGCCCGUGCCCGUUGCGGCCGCCACCAACGCCGCAGCCGUUAGGGAGUACGAGCAAAGGCGGGCGACUGCUGAAGCUUGUGGACAGAAGCUUGACCCGAUGCUGGUGGUGCGCCCGCUCAUCCCGUUCCAAGCGUGUCUCGAGAGCUUCAUGAAGGAGGAGACGAUCGAGCAGUUCUUCAGCUCCGCCGUCAACCAAAAGGUCACAGCCACCAAAAUCACACGGUUAGCGACGUUCCCAGACUACUUGUUAAUCCAGCUCAAGAAAUUUACUAUUAAGGAGGACUGGACGCCAGCCAAGCUUGACGUCGCCGUCGAAAUGCCCUGGGAAGUUGAUCUAAGCUGCUUGCGAGGCCGAGGUCUGCAGCCCGACGAGAAGCCAUUACCCGAGGCCUCUCCCGUCGCCGCUCCUGUUUACAACGAACAACUGCUCUCUCAGCUCCUGGACAUGGGAUUCCCGGUGGAGGCGUGCAAGAAAGCGUUGUACUACACGAACAACUCUGGCAUAGAGGCCGCCUCCAACUGGCUCAUGGAGCACAUGACCGACUGGGAUUUUGAUAAGAAAUUUGAGCCACCUGGAACGCAAUCCGGUGGUAGUGCAGCGUGUGCAGCGGUAGAUGAAGCGAGCGUGGAGCAGAUCAUGAGCAUGGGCUUCACUCGCGCGCAGGCCGGCCGUGCGCUGGCCAACACGCAGGGCGACGUGGGCCGCGCCGUGGACUGGAUCUUCAGCCACGCCGACCAGCUGGACGAACCCGACGUCACUGCGCCACCGCCUAAGCCUGAUCGCACUCUAGGCUGCCGCGACGGACCCGAGAAAUACAAGCUGGUGGCAUUUAUCUCGCACAUGGGCACGUCGACAAUGGUCGGCCACUACGUGUGCCACGUCCUACACGAAGGUCGCUGGGUCAUAUUCAACGACAAUAAGGUGGCGCUAUCCGAGAAUCCUCCGAAGGAACUGGGAUACUUGUAUUUAUAUGAACGGCUGUGAUGUUAGCAAAAGUUGAACUGAACCAAAAAUAAUCGGCUCCGUUGUAUGGAUCGAAGAAUUUAAUCUACUAGACUGCGCGUAUGUGUACACUGAAAUAAGAGAUUUUAAAAUAACUACUUUGUAGGCGAUAUUUAUUUUAUAGAAACAAAUUUUAAAUAAAUUUCAACUAAUAUAAACGAAA